AUGAAAUCGAUUCGUAAAUGGGUCAUACGAGUUCCAUCAACUUCUGCAAAUAUAGGACCAGGUUUUGAUGUAUUAGGAUUAGCUUUAUCACUUUAUUUAACUAUCAACUUACAAAUCGAUUCAAACUCAACAUCAAAAUUAACUCAAUUAACUUAUGAAGGUUUAGGAUCCAAUGAAGCACCCAAAGAUCCAUAUCAAAACUUAAUCACAAGAGUAGCAUUAUACGUCUUACGAUCAAAUCAAAUCAAAUCAUUUCCAAAUGGAUUAACACUUCAUAUCGAAAAUCAAAUUCCAUUCGGACGAGGAUUAGGUUCAUCAGGUGCAGCAGUGAUUGCAGGAGUGGAACUAGGCAACAUUUUAGGAAAUUUAAAUUUAACCAUCAAUCGAAAAUUAGAUUAUGCAUUGAUGGUCGAAAGACAUCCAGAUAAUGUAACAGCUGCCUUAUUAGGAGGAUUUGUAGCAUCUUAUUUAAAAGAAUUAUCACCCGAAGAUUUAAAUGUAAUCUCGAUCCCAUUAGCCGAAGUUUUACCUGAGUUUCCAAUCGAUGCCAACGAAUCUUGGGGUUAUGAUCCUCCUAAACCUCCGAUUGGGAUUGGUCAUUAUAUCAGAUUAGAUUGGUCUAAAGAAAUCAAAUGUGUGGUCAUCGUACCUGAAUUUGAAGUCUCUACUAGUAAAGCUAGAGAUGUUUUAAAAGAGCAAUAUAGUAGGAAAGAUGUGGUGUUCAACUUUCAACGUUUGGCCGUUCUUACUACUGCACUUGGUAGAUCACCACCUGAUCCUGACUUGAUUUAUCAAGCAAUGCAAGAUCGAAUUCAUCAACCUUAUAGAAAAACUCUAAUUCCAGCAUUACCAACACUUACCAGUACCAUGACUCCAGCCACACAUCCAGGUUUAUUAGGAAUUUGUUUAUCAGGAGCAGGUCCUACAAUAUUAUGUUUAGCAACUGGCAAUUUUGAACAGAUUGCAAAUGAUGUAAUGGAAGUUUGGAAAUCAGAAGCAGGGGUGAAAUGUUGGUGGAAAGUUUUAAAUGUAAAUUCAAAUAAUCAACAUUCGGAUUUAAAUCUUGAUCAUGGUGGUAGUCAUGUUAAAGAAAUCUUUGAUUAG